UCCAUUUCAUUUAAGAUGACAGCGCUUGGUGGAUGCACCCUUAAUUUUGCAUUUAAAAUUUAAUUAUUCCACAAAAAACACCAGUUCUGAAAGAUGUCAACAUUAACGCGCCACUGUUGGCGCAAUCUACUCAAGACCGGGCGCACAUUGCAACAACCAGGCGCACUAUUACGUCACAUUAGCGCCACAGUGCGCGCAGAGGAUCAAAUGCUGCUGAUCAAGGAGCUGCCACAGCAGUCGAAUUCGAUGAUAUUCCCUGGUAUUUGGUUGCGUGACAAUUGUCAGUGUGCGCAGUGUUUCCAUCGUGAUUCGCUGAGUCGCAAACCGUUACGUUGGAAUAAUUUUGAUACGAAAGUGAAAGUUCGAGAUGUAACGGUGGACGAAUCACGUCAGUUGGUAAAUAUUCUUUGGUCCGAUGAGCAUAGCUCGAGCUUCGCGCUGAGUUGGUUGAAGGAUCGUGACUUUUCGGCUAAAACUCGUGAGAAAUACUUAAGCGAAUGGUAUCGACCGACGUCGAAACAUUGGGGCAAGCAUGAUUUUGUUAAGGUAUUGAAGCAGUUUGAUUACUGGGAUGUGAUGCGCAGUGAUGCAGGUGAGCAUUUAAUAUUUUUCAAUUCGUACGGCGAAGUGUCUGUAGUUACAAUAAACUUUUUUGGUAGCGAAUGUGUGAAUUCCUUAAGUAUCAGUAACUUAUUGUGUAUAUUUUUCGCAAAAAACUGAAUUUAAAGAUAUAGACUUAUAUUUUUAUA